CGCAUGCGUUCUCGACACUUGUGGCGUAGCAGCAUGACGUAAGCCUGGUGUCCGGUUAGCUAGCUUCUGGCUAGUUAGCAAGUUGAUUUAGCGUACCGAGGAAGCAAGAAACUUUAGUUUACCAGCAAAUAGAUUUUUUUUCUUUACUGCUUUUGGUGACAGUCGACAUCGAUAAUGGACGACGAUUCCUACCCCAGGACACUUUACGUGGGAAAUCUCUCCAGGGAUGUGACAGAAAUUCUGAUUCUACAACUCUUUACUCAAAUAGGGCCUUGUAAAAGUUGUAAAAUGAUCACCGAGCAUACAACCAAUGACCCCUAUUGCUUUGUGGAAUUCUUUGAGCACAGAGAUGCUGCUGCAGCCCUAGCAGCUAUGAAUGGAAGGAAAAUACUAGGGAAGGAAGUCAAAGUAAAUUGGGCCACCACUCCCAGUAGCCAAAAGAAAGACACAUCCAAUCACUUUCAUGUGUUUGUGGGUGAUCUAAGUCCCGAGAUUACCACUGAAGAUGUGAGGGCUGCAUUUGCACCUUUUGGGAGAAUCUCAGAUGCUCGUGUUGUGAAGGACAUGGCGACAGGCAAAUCAAAGGGGUAUGGAUUUGUGUCCUUCUACAACAAACUGGAUGCUGAGAACGCCAUUGUUCAUAUGGGCGGGCAGUGGCUCGGAGGUCGCCAAAUCAGGACCAAUUGGGCAACACGAAAGCCACCUGCUCCAAAAAAUUCGCAGGACAAUGGCUCAAAACAACUGCGGUUCGAUGAUGUUGUGAGCCAAUCCAGCCCGCAGAACUGUACAGUGUACUGUGGCGGCAUCCAGUCAGGGCUAUCUGAUACCUUAAUGCGUCAGACCUUCUCACCAUUUGGGCAGAUCAUGGAAAUCAGAGUUUUCCCAGAGAAAGGGUAUUCUUUCAUCAGGUUUUCCUCCCAUGACAGUGCUGCCCAUGCCAUUGUGUCAGUUAAUGGCACGGGCAUUGAAGGACACAUAGUGAAGUGCUACUGGGGCAAAGAAUCUCCCGAUAUGACCAAAGGCUCACAGCAGGUUGAAUAUGGUCAGUGGGGGCAGUGGAAUCAGGUCUAUGGAAGUCCACAGCAGCAAUAUGGGCAGCAGUAUGUGACAAAUGGAUGGCAAGUUCCCUCCUACAACAUGUAUGGCCAGUCAUGGAACCAACAAGGCUUUGGAGUAGAGCAGUCUCAGUCGCCCGGCUGGGUCGGAGGAUUUGGCUCUCAAUCGGCUCAGGCUUCAGCCUCCGCGAAUUCAGUCGUGUCCAACCUGACCAACUUCAACAUGACUGGUUACCAGACACAGUGAGCUGGUCCGAACACAAGCCCAUUACUAAGAAGAACCAGCUCUGGUCAAACCAUUAUACAUAAAGCAUCUGUUUGCCUCAUAGGACAAAUAACUUUUUUUUUUGUAAUGACUGUGCCCAUUUCACUAAGAAUGUUUAAUUUUAUUUUAUUUUUUUCUUCAAAUGAAAUUUUCAGUGUAUGAACAUGCUCCAGGACAAUGAAAUGCAAGUCUCGCAUUAAACAUCGCCAUCAAAUUAAUCAGUCCGAAUGUGUUCUCACUCCUGUGGCGCUUGUUGGCCCCUUUGUGAGAAUUAUUUUUUAUCAGGGAUUAAGCAGUAAAAAUUAUCCUCAUGUCAUAUGACCUUCAUGGUGCACUUAACCUUGUAUUUGCCUGCAUUCUGGAACGUGGAAUCUAAUCCAUCUUGUACUGCAAUACACAGGUGAGCCACCUGCCUGUUUUUACUGAUAUGGACCAGAGCAAAGGGACAAUAGGUGACAUUUAAUGCAGUAGUCCUACUGAACAGCUGCAGUAUCUGUUAGCUAUGGGCGAAACUCUCAAGAUCACCUCGCAGGAAAAACUCGCCCCAAUCACAUUUCAAAUUUGAGAAAUAGCUUUAAAAUACAUACGUAAAAAUCACAUCCAAAACUAUAUUUGUGUUCUGGUGGAAUCACGCUUGAAACCUCGAACUACAGCAAUACAUACUCCUAUCGUGUUCUUCACAAAUAUAAAAAUCCAUUUAAUAUUUUCCAUUUGUUAGUUGUAGUCGAGUCAGAAUGUUUAUGUACUGCUCGUGCUUGGCGCGUUUUUUUUCUCUAUUUGAUACAAUUGGUAAGAAAAAGUCACAAGACUUGAGUUGAUAUUUUAAAUUUAAAUCUGCAACAAUUGCAAUGAGCCACGGCAACCUUACAGUAUUGGUUUGUGUUGAGCCAAUAGCCAUAGAGUCACUGCAAUUUUGAUGCGAAUGAAAAGUGCUUUGGAAAAAAGAGCUCCUGGAAUACUUCGCAGAGCACAACAGUUUCGAUCGUGUGCUGUGGCUUUAAAAUAAUUACAGCAGUGGUGAGAUUUCUCUGAGUGAUGAGCAAAGUUCAUGUUACUUUCACUGCUCUGACAGCAUGUUCUUUGUAAGCUUUUGAUAUAUUUUGUGUUGGUGAACCUGUCUCAUAAAAAAGGAGAUUAAAAAAAAAACCUUUGAGAUGGGCUCACUGUUGCAUUGAAGUGUUAAAACAAUUCAUCAUCUUGUUAACAGAUAAUCUUUAUGCUGAUUCUGGGCUGGUUUCCUAGAGGAAUAUAAAGUCUUUCUUUUUCAUUAUUCCUUGAAGACCAAUCCCUGAUUAUGGAGCAUUUUCUAAUCAACCACCUUUGUAACGACAAACAGAUCGUAUGUCCUUCCUUACUUUUAUUUUUUGGCUUUUUGCAUGUUGGUGGAAGGAUUUGUAAAUAUGGCAACCCCCGCCCCCUCUACAUUUGCCCCUUGGUGCACUCUGAAGUGAAUUUCAAUCAUAGGCACCUUUUCAUUUGGCUUGAAAUUAUGUGCCAUUUGUCGUAUCAUGUGUGUAAUAGACUUGAUUUUUUUUCGGGGGGGGGUCUAAAAGAGCUGUUUGGGAUUAACAAGACAAUUGA